AUAAAUGUGAAUAUAAGCUAGAAUCAGGUUUGGUCCAUGUGAGGCAUGAUGGAGUCAAAAAGCAAAAUGCGAAUCUCUCUCAUCAUCCUUGUGUUGAUAGUGCAGGUGCACAUGCUACCCUUCUCACAAUCCAAAUCAAUCGUCAAACAUCUUCCUGGUUUUUUAGGUGAUCUUCCCUUCACUCUUGAAACCGGAUAUGUUGGAGUGGGGAAAGAGGAAAAGGUGGAACUGUUCUACUACUUUGUUGAAUCUCAAAGAAACCCACACCAAGAUCCAUUGCUUCUUUAUCUCACUGGAGGUCCGGGAACCUCGGCCAUUCUUCCCUUAUUUUAUCAAAUAGGUCCACUAAAUUUUGAAUAUACGAAUGCAACAAGAUCUGAUGUGAAACUGGAAGUCAACCCAUAUUCAUGGACCAAGACGGCUAACAUCAUAUUCAUAGAUCUUCCUGUUGGCACUGGUUUUUCAUAUGCAAAGAGAUGGGAGUCAUCAAAGAAGAAUAGUGAUUCCCUUGUAGUUACGCAUGCCUACGAGUUUAUAAGAAAGUGGCUCAUGGAUCAUCCUACCUUUCUCAAUAAUCCAUUGUACAUUACGGGGAUUUCUUACAUGGGACUUAUCAUUCCAAGAGUCGUUUCAAAUAUAUACGAUGGCAUUGAACGAGGGGUUAGACCAGAAUUAAAAAUUAAGGGUUUCUUGAUCGUGAACCCUCAUACUGACAAGUUCAUAGAUUUUAAUUCAAGAACUGAAUUCGCUUACCGAGCUGGACUUAUAGAAGAUGAACUCUAUGAGCCAGCAAAAGAACAUUGUGGAGGAAAAUACAUAUAUGUUGAUCCUAAUAAUACAUUGUGUUUGGAUAGUCUUCGUCCGAUAAAGGAGUGCUUAGAUCGAAUUAACGUGGUUUACAUCUUAGACCCCCUUUGCAAUAGACAAGAUCCGAAACAAACAUGUCGAGAAUCCAUUUAUUCAUAUUCUAAUAUAUGGGCAAACAUGAAAUCCGUCCGACAAGCUCUUAACAUUCGUGAGGGAACGGUGAACCAAUUUCAAGUCAGCAACGCGAACAUUAGCUCCUUAUUUGGGAGACCAGACACCAUAUAUUACUCUCAUGAUAUCUUUAGCAGUUUGGCCUACUAUAAGAAACUUGUUACCAAGAACUGUCAUGCCUUAAUCAUCAAUGGUGAUCAUGACAUGACAUUUCCGUAUAUGGGCACAAAGCAAUGGAUAAAUAGUCUAAAACUUGGAGUCCAGAGUCCAUGGAAACCAUGGUUCAUUCGAACUCAAGUUGCUGGAUAUGAGAAGACAUACUCAGAGGCCAAAUUCUCUUUGAAAUAUGCUACCAUCAAGGGUGCGGGUCACUCGGUGGCAAUUUACAAGCCUGAAGAAUCAAUGGUCAUUGUGGAGACAUGGCUUGCUUCUCAUAAUUCUUCAACAUCUUAACCGGUCCUAAUAAAUUCUCCAUUGUUUUACUAUUUAUGUAUCGCGUGCAUAUGUCCUUGCGUACUUUUGAUAUGUCAAACAUGGAAAUUUGUAAGAUUAAAUAAGCCCAUUCUAACAUGUCAAUUUAGUAACAUUAUUUCACUUGUUAAA